CACGUGGUGGGAUUUCCCGGAAGCGUCGCUGUGCAGUGUCUGGUGGGAUCUUCGCAGGGACUUUUCUCGGCGGGUGCAAACGGCGCUCGCUGGGCCGUUAAACCCGGCAAGCGCGCUGAAGUAGCCUCGGAGGCGAGCGGAGGAAGGAAGGUCAGUCAUGAAGCUGAAGCGAGGUUCAAGUAAGUUUAAGACUCCAUCCAAGCUUAAGCGAAGAGGCAUCAAAGUGACAGGGGCAUGGAAGCCCAUUGAGAUUGACCCAAAUCUCUUUGCCGACGAGCAACUUGGAGGUUUAGUAUGCUUUGAGGAGCUUACAGAUUAUAAACUGGUGUCUUCCUCAAAAGCGGGAGAAGAAAAUGCCAAGGGGAGAAAAUCUACUAGGAGGCCUGGAGAAGAGGAAGAACAUAGCACAAUUCCCAAAAAGAAGAGGAAGAAGGAGAAAAAUCUGGAACAGGAGAUGAGGAGUGGUGAUGAACCCAAAGUGAAGGAAUUGGUAACAACUGAGAAGGAGGCUGAAUAUAAAGAGGCCAUCCCUAGCUUUGAGCAAGAUGAGAGAGUGGAAGGAGACACCACAAUCCUGAAAAGGAAAGCGAAGAAAAAGAGGAAGAGAGAGUUGAAGAAGAAAACAUGUCCUCCCCAAGAUGUUGCUGAACCAGCUAAAGCUUCUAAAAAGCCUAAAAACUGGACGGCAGAACUCCUGUCUUUAUCUUCAGGUCAGGAAGUGGACAUGUCUGCAUGGAAAGGCCUCUUCGUUCCUAAGCCUGUUCUUCAGGCACUGAGUGAAUUAGGGUUCAGUGCGCCAACUCCGAUUCAGGCCCUGACUCUGCCUUCUGCGAUUCGAGAUGGCAUGGACGUCCUUGGAGCUGCAGAGACAGGAAGUGGUAAGACUCUUGCUUUCGCCAUUCCGAUGAUCCAUUCCAUUCUCAAGUGGCGCAAGUCAACAGGACUGGCAAGUGGAAGGGACAGCCCACUUGACGAAGGAGAGGACGGUGAGGAUGAGGUACCCAAGCAGGAAGAGAGUGUGGAUAUAGGAGGCUUGAGCCCUGAUGGAGGUGAAGCUACUGGCGAUGAUGAUGGCAACGGUGACAAGUCUUUGGCAGCAGGAAACCUGAAGGUGUUGGAGGGUGCAGGACGUGAUCUGGGUUCCCCAAAACCUAAUACUGCUACACAUAAAAACAAUCCUCUUCUGGGAUUGGUCUUGACUCCUACAAGAGAACUUGCUGUCCAAGUGAAGCAUCACAUUGAUGCGGUGAACAGAUUCACAGGCAUUAAAGCAACCAUUCUUGUUGGAGGAAUGGCACCUCAGAAGCAGCAGCGAGUUCUGAAAAGGAAGCCCGAGAUUGUAAUCGCAACCCCGGGGCGCCUGUGGGAGCUAAUACAGGAGAAGCAGCCACAUCUCUCAAACCUGCGGCAACUCAGGUGCCUGGUGAUCGACGAAGCGGACCGGAUGGUGGAGAGGGGGCAUUUCGAGGAACUCUCUCAGUUGCUGGAAAUGCUGAGCGACUCGCAAUAUAACCCAAAACGCCAGACGUUUGUCUUUUCUGCCACCCUGACUUUGAUCCACCAGGCUCCGACUAGGGUUCUCCACAAGAAGAGAGCUGUCAAAAUAGACAAGAAGACCAAGCUGGAAAUGCUGAUGGAAAAAGUUGGCAUCAAGGGCAAGCCCAAAGUGAUAGACUUGACCAGGAAAGAGGCAACCGUGGAGACCCUCACCGAGACCAGGAUCCACUGUGAUACAGAGGAGAAAGACUACUACCUGUAUUAUUUCCUCCUCCAGUACCCAGGCAGAACCAUGGUUUUUGCAAAUAGUAUAGAUUGCAUCAAGCGGCUCACUGCCCUCCUGACGAUAUUGGACUGCGACCUCCUGCCUCUUCAUGCAAACAUGCACCAAAAGCAAAGGUUGAAAAACCUGGAGAGGUUUGCUGAACGCCCCAGCUGUGCCCUCUUGACAACAGAUGUUGCCGCUCGUGGUCUUGACAUUCCUCACGUGCAGCAUGUCAUACAUUACCAGGUUCCUCGCACCUCUGAGAUUUACGUGCACAGAAGCGGCAGGACUGCCAGAGCUGCCAAUGAGGGCCUGAGCUUGCUUCUGAUUGGCCCAAGCGACAUGAUGAAUUUCAAAAGGAUUUACAAGACGCUGGAGAAGAACGAAGAGCUUCCGUUUUUCCCCGUUGAAACAAAAUGCAUGACUGCAAUCAAGGAGCGGGUGAACUUGGCAAGAAAGAUUGAGAAGGUGGAAUAUUUCAACAGCCGAGCGAAGCAGCACAACUCAUGGCUCCAGCAAGCUGCAGAAGCGCUGGAGCUUGAUUUAGAUGAUGAUGAACUAAUAGGCAAGUAGCAGUUGUGUGUGUGUGU